AUGGAGCAUAUGAUCGAAGGUCUCGAGGGAGUCAGAGUUUAUAUGGACGACAUCAUUUUGUGGGGAUCCACACUACAGCACCACAAUGAGAGACUAGCAAAGGUUUUGAACAGAGUGAAACAUUUUGGACUUAAACUGAACAGAGCAAAGUGUCAGUUUGGCGUGGGUGACAUUACCUUUCUCGGUGACAAGCUGACAGCCGAAGGCAUCGAGCCAGACAAGGAAAAGCUACGCGCUAUACUGGACAUGCCACGUCCUGAGGAUAAAAAAGGUGUGUUGAGAAUCCUGGGAAUGGUGAACUUUAUUGGAAAAUUCAUCCCAAGCCUGGCGGCCAGAACAGUGCACCUGAGACAGCUUCUACACAAUGGCUGCAAGUUCAGAUGGAGUAAAGAACUGGAAAACGAGUGGCAACGACUGAAAAAGACACUUACAACAGGGCCAGUUUUGGCGUAUUUUGAUCCAAAAAGGAAAACAAAAGUGUCGACAGAUGCAUCGCAGGCCGGGAUUGGCGCGGUGUUGUUGCAGGCUUAUGGAGACCACUGGAGGCCAGUGGCAUAUGCCUCAAGAGCGAUGACAGAGACAGAAUCUCGCUACGCCCAAAUAGAAAAAGAGACAUUGGGGCUUGUUUUUGGAUUUGAAAAGUUCCACACCUAUGUCUAUGGGUUGCCAACAUUUGUGGCAGAGACUGACCACAAGCCGUUGAUUGCCAUAAUCAAGAAAAACCUAAGUGAAAUGUCUCCACGCAUUCAAAGAUUGAUGAUGAAGCUACAGCGCUAUGAUUUCAACUUGAUCUACACACCAGGUAAACGCAUUGUGUUAGCAGAUGUGCUCUCUAGGGCCACAAUCCCAAACAAAGAGCAAAGCUCCACAGAGAUGGAUGUAAAUAUACAUGUAAACCUGGUGGCAGAGUCACUUCCUAUAGGUCAGAGGUCACAGUCUGCAGGAUCCAGCUGUCCGUCUGUGAGGAGUGACUGGUCCAGAGAAGUAAAUCCAUACUUCAGUGGUGAACCUGGACCAACGAGAGAGAGGAAGAGGAGUGGUGUUUGUGAGGAGGAGCAGCUGUCCUGCUGUGCUUUGUGUCAGGACGUCCUGAAGGAUCCAGUCUCUACCAGCUGUGGACACUGGUUCUGCAGACAGUGCAUCUGCUCAUACUGGGACCAGUCUGCUUCAUCAGGAGACUCGUCCUGUCCCCAGUGUGGAGAAAGAUCCAGAACCAGAGCUGGACUGCAGACAGCCAGUCAGAGCAGCUGUGUACAAACAGAUGUUGGUCUGCAGGAGGAUUUAGAUGAACAUAAGAUCAGUCUGAGGAGGAGAUGUGAACGUGUGACUGAAGGAAGUGAUGAAACAGGAAGUAGAACCCUCCUCAACAGGAUCUACACUGAGCUCUACAUCACAGAGGGACAGAGUGAAGAGGUUCAUACCCAUCAUGAGGUGAGGCAGCUGGAGACAGCUUCCAAGAUGGACGCCCUCCAUGACGCUCCAAUCAGGUGCCAGGACAUCUUUAAAGCCUUACCUGACCAACAGAGACCCAUCAGAGUGGUUCUGACCAACGGCGUGGCUGGUGUUGGAAAAACCUUCUCAGUGCAGAAGUUCACUCUGGACUGGGCCGAGGGCUUGGAGAACCAACAUGUCAGUGUGGUGGUUCUGCUUUCAUUCAGGGAGCUGAACCUGAUCAGAGAUGAGCAGUACAGUCUUCUGGAGCUGCUCCAUGUUUUCCAUCCAACAUUACAGAAGGUCACAGCAGAGAAGCUGGCUGUCUCUCAGCUUUUGUUCAUCUUUGACGGCCUGGAUGAAAGCAGACUUUCAUUGGAUUUCACCAACAGGAAGCUGCUGUCUGAUGUCACACAGAAGUCAUCAGUCAGUGAGCUGCUGACAAACCUCAUCCAGGGGAAUCUGCUUCCCUCGGCUCUCGUCUGGAUAACUUCCCGACCUGCAGCAGCCAAUCAGAUCCCUCCUACAUGUGUUGACAGGCUAACAGAAGUACGAGGCUUCACUGACGCCCAGAAGGAGGAGUACUUCAGGAGGAGAUUCAGUGAUGAAGAGCUGUCCAGCAGAAUCAUCUCCCACAUGAAGACAUCCAGGAGCCUCCACAUCAUGUGUAGUAUCCCAGUCUUCUGCUGGAUCACUGCUACAGUUCUGGAGCACAUGUUGACCACAGAGCAGAGAGGAGAGCUGCCCAAGACCCUGACUGACAUGUACUCACACUUCCUGCUGGUUCAGACAAAGAGGAAGAAGAACAAGUACCAUGAGGGACAUGAGACGAGUCCACAGGAGCUGACGGAGGCUGACAGGGAAGUUCUUCUGAAGCUGGGGAGGCUGGCGUUUGAACAUCUGGAGAAAGGAAACAUCAUGUUCUACCAAGAAGACCUGGAGCAGUGUGGUCUGGAUGUGACAGAGGCCUCGGUGUACUCAGGAGUUUGUACAGAGAUCUUCAAAAGAGAGUGUGUGAUCUUCCAGAAACCAGUCUACUGCUUUGUUCAUCUGAGCAUUCAGGAGUUUCUGGCUGCAGUCUACAUGUUCCACUGUUUCAUCAACAGGAAAACAGAGGGGCUGAAUGAGUUUUUGGUGAAUGAUCAUUAUUAUAAGUAUGGUUUUAAUUAUUAUGGAAAAAUCUCAUCUGUGGAUGAUUUCUUGAACAGAGUCAUGUAUAAAUCCCUCGAGAGUAAAAAUGGCCACCUGGACCUGUUUGUUCGCUUCCUUCAUGGCCUCUGUCUGGAGUCCAACCAGAGACUCUUAGGAGGUCUGCUGGGUCAGACAGAGAUCAGUUCAAGAACCAUCCAGAGAGUCAUCAACAACCUAAAUGAGAUGAACAGUGAUGAAAUCUCUCCUGACGGAAGCAUCAACAUCUUCCACUGUCUGAUGGAGAUGAACGACCUCUCAUUAUUCCAGGAGAUCCAAGAGUUCCUGAAGUCAGAGAACAGAUCAAAGAAGGAACUCUCUGAGAUCCAGUGCUCAGCUCUGGCCUUCAUGCUGCAGAUGUCAGAGGAGGUUCUGGAUGAGUUGGACCUGCAGAAGUACAACACAUCAGAGUGGGGACAACAGAGACUGAUUCCAGCUGUGAGGAACUGCAAAAUGGCUCGGUGA